ACACACCUCCACAUCAGCUUAUUUCUAAAAUUAUUGACUGACUGAAACAAAUGGGUGGCCCCUAGCUGGUUAGGCCACACUUUGGAGCACGAGGCGCGACGGCCGACGACAGCAACUUCACUCGCACUUGCCGCGUCGCCACGAAUGGACAACGACAACCAGCAGCAAAAGCACGAGGAGGUCCAGCAAAGGGCCUUCCUGCUCUGCAAGGAAUACCUGCACGGCGUCUGGAACUCCAUCUCUCAAAAUGACAUGCACAUCAAGAAGAUCAGCGGUGGCCUGUCGAACCUGCUCUACCUUUGCUCCCUGCCGGCCGAGGUCAGCCCUUCGGGCAACGAGCCGUCCUGUGUGCUGCUGCGUCUGUAUGGGCAGGUGCGCGGCGAGACUGAAGAGGCCCUGGCCGGACUUUUGACAGAGGCUGUCAUCUUCACUCUGCUCUCUGAAAAGCAAAGGGGACCCCGGUUGCUGGGCGUUUUCCCCGGAGGGCGUCUAGAAGAAUAUAUUCCUGCGCGACCGCUGCUUACCAGGGAGCUGCAGGAUUCGAGACUGAGCGGGAUGAUUGCGGCUAAGUUGGCGCAGAUUCAUGCCAUGGAUGUGCCCAUCAACAAACACCCGCACUGGCUGUGGAAUACAAUGAACCGGUGGCUGGAAAACAUCCUCGAGAUGAAGCCCAGCCUGACAAAGCCGGCCGAGGCUGCCAUGUUGUCCGACUUCCUUGCCUGUGAUCUCGAGCAGGAAAUGCGUUGGCUCAAGCGAGAGUUGGAAGACGUUGAGUCACCAGCAGUUUUCUGUCACAAUGAUCUACAAGAAGGAAACAUUCUUCUGCGCGAGCUUGACCAAGAGGUGGUGGUGAUCGACUUUGAGUACAGCGCCUACAACUACCGCGGUUUCGAUAUCGCCAACCACAUGUGCGAGUGGGUCUUUGACUACACCUGUCCGCACCCCCCUUACUUCACAGCCAACCACCAGAACUACCCUUCUCUACAGCAACAGCAGUUCUUUGCUCGAAAGUACUUGGAGGCGCUGCCCGAGUCCGAGGGUUCUUGCACUGACGAGGAAGUGGAGCAGUUGCUCACCGAAGCCAGGAUUUUCACACUCGCCUCACACUUUUUCUGGGCCCUCUGGAGUGUUGUCAACGGAGCCGUCUCCACAAUUCCUUUUGACUACUGGGUCUAUGGGAAGGCAAGGUUUGAGGCUUAUUACAAACACAAGCAUCACCUUAUCAACACACAACAGGUGAACCCUUGACGAUCUGUGGAUAUCGACCCAUCAGCAAUUCCCUAUAUAAUAGGCAAAAGGCGUACCCCAAUUGCACGUUAGUUGUCAAUUUAAACAGGCAAAGACUGAAAAAUGUUGAUUGAAGUCUUACUUGCGUAUUAUGCUGGCAUUACACAAGAGUUUUAAGAUCAUGAUUUCACUUAUUUCAUU